CACACACACACACACACACACACACACACACACACACAGGCCUAUCCUCUCGACCCCUUCAGUCAACCAAUAGCACAAGAGGUGCGGCAGGACGGCAAGCAAGCGAGCAAGCGAGCAUAAGGCAUGGACGCGCUCUCGCGGGUCCUCUCCGUCCGAGUGGACCUCCACAGCAAGGAAAAGGCAUACCAACAGGAUGCAGCUGCACUGUAUGCUUGGAUUGACGCCAAAACCACCUGGCUCAGGUCCUGUCCUGUCGACGCGCUCCUCUCCAAGCGCGCCAUCGCCAGCAACAGCAACCGGCCGCAGCAAGCCAGCACUCAAACCGCCGCCACCCACGACGACGACACCGUUGCAACAACCCCCCUCUUCUCGCAGCAGCUCAUCUCCCACUUGAAAGAGGACCGCCCGGACCAUGCGUCUCGCCUGGCGCGGCUGGGCCGCCUGUUCUCCGAUAUCCAGCUGCAGCGCCAUCUGCAUGGCAUGCACCCGUUCUCGCCAACCACAGCAGCAGCAGCAACAGCAGCAGUGACCGCCGCCUCCGUCUCCCUGUCCAUGGCGUCACUCGAGCUCAAGUGGCAGGCACUUCUGGACGCGGAGAAGGCGGCCAUUGAGCGUGCCACGCGCGUGACGGCGGAUGCUGCGCAGCAGGCGCAAACCAUCCGCGCACUUGAAGCCAAGGCUUCGCUGGUUGAGCGGCACCUCUCCCGUGCAGAGCAGCGGCUCACCGCCCUUUCUUCCAAAGGUGCCAAUGACACCGCCACCGCUGACGGUGCCGCUGCUUGUACCGAGUGCGCUGUGCAGGUGUACAAGAGCCUGCUGCACGUUGGCGUGCGCGUGCACACGUUGCUGGGUGCCGUCAACACUGCGCUGGAGCAGCAGGCGGCCGACCAAGGCGGUGAAGAGCCGGCUAGCAUGGCAUCCUUGUCGCAGAGUGCGCGUGCAUCAAUCUCCACGCCUACACCAAAGACAGCAGCGUCGUCAUCGUCAUCGUCAUCGUCAUCGUCUGCGCUGUCGGCCCAGCGUGCGCGCGCGUAUGAGCUGCAGCAGCGGUGGUCGCGGCUGUGCGACGAGGCCGGCAUGCACGUUCGCCGGUCCCGCGGUCGUGCUGCCGCUGCACAGGUGAUGUCACGGCUGCGCAGCUUGGAUACAGGGGUGACUCGCAUCACCGCUAUCGCCGGCACUGCUGCCACUGCCACCGAUACAGCCUUGUCCGCGUCCUCAUCGUCCACGUCGUCGUUGUUGACCGGCGCUGGUGCUGCCGAUGCUGUUGCCGAGACGCGUGUGCAGGCCAUGCGCCAGACACUGGACGCAUGCGAGCAAGAGGCAACGAGAUUACACGACACGGUUGAGGCGCACGUGCUCGCCGCCCUCUCGCAACCCCUUCCUUCAACCGAUGAGGACAGCACCACAUGCCCCAGUGCACCUGCCGCAACAUCAACGUCAACAGCAAACGCCACAUCAUCAACGUCAUCAACAUCAACGUCGCUGGCGUCGCUUCAGCCCGCCUCGUUCUGUGCACCGGUCAAGGCAGCGGCCAACACCAUUCUUGCAUCCGUUCGCAGUGCACGGCAGCAGCUGCGGGUGCAGCUGGACGCCGCCAAGUCGCACGUGACGCACAUGGCCCUCUGUGACGCUGCGCGUGCACUGCAUGAGCGCAUGGAUUGCCUGCAGGCAACGCUGGUGAGCUCGCUGGAGUGGCCACGCGAGGACGGCACGGCAGCCACCACAACUGCGGCUGCCAUGACCGGGUGCUUGUCGCCCACCAUCAAGGACGAUGCCAUUGCCAGUCUGCUUGAGCUCACGACCGCCCAGCCGCCACUCGCCACGGCUAACAACACCACAAAUGGUGGCGGCGGCGGUGGUGAUGGUGGUGGUGAUGGUGGUGGUGAGAGUGACAGCAGCGCUCAGCGCGCACUGGUAUCAUUCUCGGGGCACCAGCAGGCGCUGUCCGCGUUGCCGCGUGUGCUUGAUGUGCAGCACGUGGGCGGGGUUGUGUCGCGCCACCAGGUGUCACUGCUGGAUCUCUCCCGUGAACUCGCCCUCCUCACGUCGCAGGCACGCUCCGUCGCACCAGCCACCCCGGCACAGGAGGCGCCAGCCACACCGGUGGACACUGCAAGCGCGGGAUGCAGUGUGCACGAGCUGCUGCGCCGGGCGGAGCGGAAGAUGGGCGCUUACCGCGCUGGCGUGGCGCGUGCACGCGCGUUUCUCAUUGCCGUUCGCAGGGUGAGCGGGGUGGCGGAGGCGACAGCACGAGUUGCGCGUACCGCAGAGGACGUGCAGCGGCAAGUGCUCGCAGCCUGCCCAGCACCCAACGGCACCAGGGGUGGUGAUGGUGAUGCAGAUGUGGGGACAGCUGCAGCCACCGUCACAGGAGCUGUGCCGCCUGAUAUUGCCACACCACCCGCAUCGCCACCGCUACCACCGUCACCAACUGCAACAACUGCAACAGCAACAGCUGCAGAUGGGGGCAAGAGCGGGUCGAAGCAUGUGCAGUCGCCUGCGUCUUCGCUGUCGAGUGCACGUGCCCGCUCGCACCUGCGUGUGAGUGUGCGCGGGCUUCAGUCUCGAGCAAAGGCGCUGCUGCUGGAUGUCACGGCGAAGAUUGCGCAGAGCAGCAAGAGCAGCACGGCGGCUGCGAGCGGCGCAAACACCACAUCCGCCGCCAGCCCACACGUUGCUCGCAAGACCCACGACCAGCAGCAGCAACAACAGCAACAGCAGCCGUCAGGUUUGAAUGUGCACCUUCUGCAAGUGCCAGACCAGCAGCAGCAGCAGCAGAAGAAAGAUUCCGGGGUGGCCUCCACACAGGGCCGCCAGCCUGCCGGUGCCAGCGUGGAUACGCGCCGUGAGCAGGCUGCCCUGCUGGUGGCGCAGCUGACGCUUGACGGCGUGCUGUCCAUGUGUGACGCGUGCAUGGCGUGGCUGGAUGAUGCGCAGGCGUCAGAGGACGUGCGGGCAACGCGGGAGGCGGCAGCAGCGCAACUGGCUGGCCUGUGCCACCGCGCCGAUCGCACCAUCUCAGCUGCAGCAACAACAGCACAGGCCACAGCAAGAUCAGAUGACGCAGUGAGUGCAACAGCAUUGACAGCAGCAGCAACAACAACAACAGCAACAACACACGGAGGUGGUGCUGCUGCGAGUGUGCAUCGACAGCUUGCGCGCGCCAUUCGCACCAUGGUGCAGAGCGGGAAUGCCAGCGACGGGAUUGCUGUUGUGGGCGCGCCUGUGGCAGCGGUGGAGGCGGCGCUUGCUGCCGCGGCCAAGCUCGAUGCCAUUGCCCAAGCAGAAGAAUUUGUCGAGGAGCACAGGCGCGUGUUGAUGUCGCUCGUUGACUCCCUGGACGCCGUUGACAGAGCGUACCACCGCAACAAUCAGCGUGAUGAUGACGACAAAGGCAGUGAUGCUGGUGCUGGUGCUGGUGCUGGUGCCAAUGAACGGCAGCAAGAGAACGAUGGUGCAAUGAAUGCGCUAUGGGACGACGUGUCGGUGUCGGAUGCGAGCGCGGUGCUGCUGUUGCUGCAGCGCCGCCUGCACACCGCCGCCACAUGUACGCAGCAGCUGGAGCUCAUUCACGUCAAGCUGACGCAGCUGCAAACGCAGGUGGUGAGCGAACACGCGCGUGGUGGCGACAGCCAGGACACCGGUGAUAACACGAGCACCUCCGGCGCUGCUGCCGCCAAACACAGCAGCAGCAGCAGCAGCAGCUUGGGGGAUGCUGGUGCUGGCCGAUUGCGUGGUGAGAUUGCAGGCGUCAUUGCGCGGGUGGUGCAGCAGCAGCAGCUGUGGCGUGCACGCCAGGCUGUGACGGACAAGUGCUUGCACACCAUCACCAGCGCGUGUGCGCUCAUGCAUGCAGAGGUGGCGGUGCGCGACGCAGAUGCAGCCGUGCAGCGUGUGCUGUCGUCGUGGGUGGAGCAGCCACUGCUCUCCAACGCAACCGACGGUGCGAGUGACAGGUCGUCGACUAGUGCGGGCAAUGAUGGCACCAGUCUGGCCAGUGCUGACGUGGUUAGUGUCAUAGGUACCAUGGUGCACGACGCUGUCUCGACCGCAGAACAAUGCCUGCAACAGCAGCAACAGCAGCAGCAGCAGCACGGCAUCGACAACGACAACCGUGACACCACCGCACUGCCGUCGCCAUCAAGUGCGCUGGCAGCGGCGGUUGGCGUAUCUGCACGCACGGCGCACGUCAUCGCCGUGCUGGCGCAGCGUGUGUCCGCAGCACAGGCACCAGCAUCCACACGUCGUGAGAGCGACGCUGUGGUGCGUGUGGAGGGCCUUGUGCAGCAAUUGCAGCAACGUCAACAGCUGCUGACCUCGGCCUGCCCACUCUUGUCCAAGCAGCGCGCGCUCGUGUCCGUGCUUGCAGGCAUGCGUGGCGAGGUGCAAGCGCUGCUGGCUGCUUGUCCCACGCCGUCCGUUGUCGUGUCAGCGGACCAGGUCCAGCGGACACUCGCCAGCGCACAACGCAGUGCCGAAGAGUGCACACGCAUCGACACCCACGCCACACGCCUGCAGUCGGAGUGCGAGGCCGUGUACAACGCCCUUGUGGACCUCACCACCACCGCGAGCAAUGGCGCAGGCCGUUCAACGAACACCGCGGCCGUGUUCAUCUCCGCGGACGCGUUGACAAACGUUGGUCGCCAUCGCAGUUGCGGUGAUAGCGAGCAGGAUGAUGGUUGUGGUGAUGGUGAUGACGACGACGACGACGAUGCUGAUGCAUCAACAGCAUCUGCGCACAGUGUGGUUGAUCUGUGCCAGCGCGUGUGUGCGCGUGCGCGUGCAGGCAACGAGUUUCUCGGCGCCAUUCAGCGCCAUUAUCAACAGCGGCUGCAGCUGUUGGCCGUGCAUGCGCGCGUGCGGGAUGUGCUCACGUCCCUCAACACGACCUCGACCCCCGCCGCCGGCCCCGUGGCGACGCCAAGUCGCGUGUGGGAGACGCUGCGUGACACGCUGGACCAAGUGGAGAUGGAGCUUGCACACGUGAGCCCAUCAGCUGGCACAAACACCACAGAAGCAGCCGACGCAGCAGAAACCACGACCACACUGCCUGCCGCUCUGAACAGCGUGGUGUCGGCGGCCGCGUCACUGCUGUCCUCUGUGCACGCGAACGUUGAGCAUGACCUUGAGCGCGCGCGCCAGCAGCUGCGCGCCAAGGAGGCGAAGAUGAAGGCCGUGCAGCAGCAGCGCCUUGCACGCGACGAGAUGCUGGCGCGCGUGGCAGCGGCUGGCACGGUGGGCGCAGAGGUGGAGCGUGUGCGCCGGCAGGUGGAGGGUGUUGCUGUGUAUGGUCACCUGAGCGGCAGCGAGCUGAAGGGCAAGCACCGUGUGCUUGAGUCGCUCCUGGUGCAGGUUGACGCGCUUGAAGCCCAGCUCGCCCAAACUCAAACUCAACCCCAAGCUCAACCCGAACCCCAAACCGACACGCGCGCGGCGCCAAGUGGUGCCUCGGCCUCUACUUUGACGACAAACAUGCACCACGAAGGCUACGAUGACAGCCACGAGGAUGCUGCAGAUGUCAGCAGCAGCAGCAGCAGCAGCAGCGGUGCUGGUGAUGGCGUUGGCAGAGGCAGUGAUGGUGUUGGGACGCGUGGUGCAGUGCAGCCGUCGUCGUCCCCCGCCCUCGCUGUGGCGGCCGUCCGCGCUGCCAUUGACCAGAAGAUGCGCGUGCUGCAGCACCUGCUACAGUAUGCAGACUUUAGGCAGGAGGCGCUUGCGUUUGUGGCGUGGCUCGACAAGACUGAGAAGCAGCUGCAAGGGCAGGGCGCAAACGCGCAUGCGGCGACAGCGGCGGCGACAGUACAGGAAGAGGCGCGCGUUGCGUCGCUCGAGCUUGGCUUCAAGGACCGGCAGGCCGAAUACGAGCAGCUGCUGGAGACGGGCCGUUGCCUGCAGGCAAUCGACCACGGGGCAACGCAGGACGUGCUGGCGCUCUCUGACCUGCCGUCGAUUGUUUCGCGGGUGGAACGGCGGUGGGCGCGUGUGCAAACGGUGCUUGCGCGACGCAAACGCGUGUUGCAGGCCGAUGCCGCGUUUGUGAAACUUCAGGAAACACUGGACGAGCUUGACCUCACAUUUGCAAACGUCAAGGCUGUGCUGGGCGAGGACACUGUGAGUGCCGUGUGCAAGCCCCAGGCAGCGCACCAGCUGACCCGUGUGGUGGAGGCGGCGGCUGCGCAGCUGACAGAUGUGCGAUCACGGUUCGCCUCCACCUUGGAUGCCACGCUUGGCACGAGCGAUGUGACCGCCCUGGCAGCCGCCCCGACGCCGCCGCCGCAGCACCUGCAGUACCGUGUGGAGGAUGUGGCGACGGAGCUUGACGAGCUUGAGGCGCUGGUGGGCGAGCGCACACAACGGCUGGCGGCGUGCGCAGCGUUCUCGGAGCACGCGCAGUCAGCAGGGGAUGUGCACGUGUGGCUUGACGGCCUUCAGGACACGGUGCAGGCAUUGGAAGAGGAGCAGCGGUACGCGUGCAGGGACGAGGCUGAUGACGAGGCGGUGAUGAGCAAGUGCGCUGCGGCGCUGGCCAAGGUUGACGCGCAGGUGGCUGUGGUGUCAUGGUUGCGGGACGCGGACACGGCGCCCGAUACGGAUGCUGCCCACAGCGCGCUUGCACGGCUGAGCGACCUGCAGGCGCGCAUUGCAGGUGUGCAGGCGCGUGCGGAGACGGCAAAGAGCGUGCACGCGCAGCUUGCGUCUGUUGCCUCUGUGGAGCAGCACAUUCGCCGCAAGACAGUGCUUGUGCGCAGCGCCCGCGAUGCUGCCGCUGAUACAACAACGACGAUCACCAGCAACAGCAGCACGACUGCCAUCACGUCAGCAUCGGUUAGCGCUGGUAGCAGUAGCAGUAGUAGUAGUAGUAGUGGCGGUCUUGCCGGUUUUGUUUCUCGCUGGCGCCAGCUUGAGGGCGAGGUGGCAGAGCUGCUGGGGCAGGGACGUGGCAAAAUUGACGCGUGCAGCGAACUGGCAGCCAGCCACCCGGCACACGCGGGCGAAUGUGACGAGCGGCGACACCACCUGGCCGAGGCCAUCGCGUCGCUUGAGGAGGAGCACGCAGAGACGACCAAGCUCAGCACGUGCUGGGCCACAAUGCGCAAGGCGCAGGCUGUGCAGGAGCAGCUGGAUGCCAACCUGGCCGGCGUUGGACGCGAGAUGGACGGCGUGGAGCGCAUGUUUGUUGACGCGUGCAGCGGUGCUGGCGGUGAUGCUGGUGGUAGCGAGCUUGGCAAGGCCACCGCGACUGCUCAUGUGGGUGAGGGUGGUUCCAGUCAACGUGCGAGCCAGGGCGCGCGUGCGCGUGUGUGGCUUGACCGGUUGGGUUACCUUCGCAACACAACAGCAGACAUGCUGCCCCUGCUGCGCUCAGCGGUGAGCGACGUCAACGACACGUGCGCAGACCUCGAGCGGUUGCUGCAGCGCGUUGUCUUGGAGAGCAAGGGCGUUGAUCCCGUGCGCGUAAGCAGGUUUGUGGCGAGCGUUACGCGACGCCAAGCUGUGCAAAACACCAACGAGCGUGCUGCUCUCUUGGAGGCCAUGGCCACCCGUCUCUCCGCCAUCCACGACACCCUUUACCGCAUCGAAAAGUUGGAGAACUGGAUGGAGGUGCACGGGCGGAACGUGAACAAGCACGCGUUGUCGAGCGACGCGACGGUGCCGGCCAUGUUGGACGAGCAUCUCACGCUCGAGCGUCUCAUUCUUCAACAAGACGCCGCUGUUCGUGCCCUGAAGCAGGCCUGGGCGUGAUGUGACACCCGCCACACCAUGCCUGUCACGUUUCCUCUUGUGUGCGCAGCAUGUUUGCCUUUGCUUCCCCCCACCCCGGCACAAACACACAUGGACUGUGACACCCGAACUUGGUCGCACGUCUGUGGACUUUCAUGAACACUCGGUUCUUGCGCGCCUUCUUUUCUUUCUUGUUCUUCGUUCUUCCACUCCACCCCUCCAACCUUCUCUUCCCCAGGCCAGUCACACAAUCAUACACCGCUUGCUUGCUUGCUCGUCUGUUGUUGUCGCGAUAUGUUGCCACCACGUUGUCACAGUUGUUAUGUUGUUGACAGCAUAUACAUUCCACGUCUACUUCCCGAA